CAAACCAUCUUGCCCAUCUCAUCUUUUCCCAGCUUGGAUUUUUCACGUCUGAAUAUUGCGUACAGUCCCAAUGAUGAUAAGGCACAUUCUAGGAGAAAAUAAUCCACAACUGACUUGUUUGAUUUGUAGUAGAAGUUCGAUGAGAGGUGCAAUCAACUUGAUCACUUCAAUGGACUUUUUAAAUCAUUAUAUUAAAAAUUAUUAUUAAAAUAUGAAAGGUAAAUUAUUUCUUAGAUAUGUAUGGGUUGAUUAGGAGGUAAGGUUAAGUUAUAGCUAUGAUGAGAUAAUUUGGGCAAUCUAGUGUUUAAAUACUCAGUCUUGAUUCAACUUACCCAAGCUUAUUUGUCAAAACUGGAGUUAAAAAUUUAAUCUUGACUUCGUUUUGAUAUUUUAUAUAUGAGGUAAGUUUGUCACAUAUAUAAUCUUACUCUUAGAAGCCGUAAACAGGUAAAAUAUUAUUUUUGAAGGUGCAUAACUACAGUUGGAUGUUGAAACAACACUUACUCACAAAAUUAAGAUUUAACUUUAUUUAAUUUGAAGAAGAAUAAAACAAGUAGAUUAUUUAAAAUUUGUUGAUUUAAGUUGGUACCCGAUUUAGAAGUUCUAAAGUCAUUAUUGCAACCAUUUCCUCAUAUAUUUUGUCCUCUUCUUAAAUAUGAAAUGUGAUAACUAAUCCGGCAAAUUCCCUUCACCUACUCACUUCGCUUCUUUUAACCCUUCACUUUGAAAACAAGUUCUGAAUCUCUUUCUCUCCGGAAUUUCAUUUAGAAUCUGUCUAUUUCUUUACCAAAUCAGCAUUGUUCUCUACUCCAAGGACAUGAUAAAAGAGUUUUGUUUAGAGCAAACCUGAAAAUAAGCCAUACAUAACCCACCAUUUAUGGCUUGUUCUAUCUUCUUUGUCCUCUCUAUUUUUCUCCUCUAUCCAUCCUUUUCCAUUGCCAAUGUCCAUAAAAUCAAACUCUUAAGACCACAACUUCUCUCUCAACACAUAGGAACUUUCAAUUACACUGCACCAACUCCAUUCUUUGAGGUAACCAAACCCAUUGAACUACCCAGAUCUAAACCUUGCUCAUACCUCAUACUCAGGCAUGAUUUCGGAUUCACAUAUGGCAAACCACCAGUCUUUGCAAACUACAACCCUCCUUUGCACUGCCCAUCUCAAGUUUUCUCCAAAAUUGUGCUGGAGUGGAAAGCAACUUGCAAAGGAUUGCAAUUUGAUCGAAUUUUUGGAGUUUGGCUGGGCGGGGUCGAGCUUCUCCGGAGCUGCACAGCAGAGCCGACUGCUAGUGGGAUUGUUUGGACUGUUGAGAAGGACAUUACAAGGUAUUACUCCUUGCUCAUGACCAAUCAAACACUUGCUGUAUUUCUUGGAAAUAUUGUGGAUAGAACGUAUACUGGGGUUUACCAUGUGGAUAUAACAAUGUAUUUUUAUCCUGCUGAAAAGGGUGUCAAUAAUCCGGAGAAUUUGAUACCUGGGUAUAAUUUCUGGGCAGAUUUGAUCUUGCCCAUUUCUCAAAAUCUUCCCUUGAAUGAUGGGUUGUGGUUUGAAAUUAAGAAUUCCAAUGAAACCCAAUUCAAGGAAUUCAAAAUUCCCAGAAAUGCUUAUAGGGCUGUGCUGGAAGUGUAUGUUUCUUUCCAUGAAAAUGAUGAAUUCUGGUAUUCGAAUCCACCCAACGAGUACAUUGUUGAAAAUAACCUUACUGAUACACCUGGGAAUGGUCCUUUUAGAGAGGUUGUGGUCAGUCUUGAUGGUGCAAUAGUUGGUGCUAUAUGGCCAUUUACUGUGAUUUAUACUGGAGGUGUUGAUCCCCUCUUGUGGAGACCCAUUACUGGUAUUGGGUCUUUCAACCUCCCUUCUUAUGACAUUGAAAUUACUCCAUUUUUGGGGAAUAUCUUAGAUGGAAAGAUCCAUAAGUUUGGGUUCAAUGUUACAAAUGCAUUGAAUGUGUGGUUCAUAGAUGCAAAUCUGCAUCUCUGGCUGGACAAACAGAUCCCCAGAACACAGGGGAAGCUUUUGAGGCACAUCAGUUUACCCUUUGUUCUUUCCUUGGUUUCAGAUUUCAAGGAUUUAAAUGCUACAUUUUUAACAAAAGCAAGAAGGUCCAUUUCAUCAUCUGGAUGGGUUAAGUCCUCCUAUGGGAAUAUGAAGACCCAUUCAUUUCAAAAUCUAUGCUACAGUAAUUCAAUGGUGAUGGGUAGUGAUGGUAAUACCCAGAUAGUGAAUCAGACCAUUCAUUUUAAUGAUGCUGUUCAUGCCCAUUUCCCAUCCUCAUUCCUUUACUUGACCAAAUCUCAUAAGACUUUUCUCCUUGUCUUGUCCUUGGGCGUCUUGGAUCAAGGUGAUGAUGCUUAUAUCUCUGUGGUAAAAGUUACGUUGGGAUUGAAGGAGAAGAAGUCUGAUGGACCAUGGAAGAGCUCUCUGGAAAAUUUGCAGAAUGGCCUGGGUUAUAGAGCUGUAAAGAGUGGUUCAGUGGUUGGUGCAGGGGCGAAUACGCAGCAAGUGUAUGAUUUUGAUGAUGGAAAAUUGUGUUAUUUCAGAAAUAUUAGCAGCUCAAAUUAUAGAAUAGUUUAUGAUUAUGUGAGGAAUAAAUGCAGCAUAAAAACAGUAUCUGUUUUGGGUUCUGGAUUAGGUAGGCUUUGGCUUUCCACGCUGAAUGAGAUUGUGUAGUUCAUGCUGAAGUUUUUAGCAUCUUGGUUGUUUCUUUAUAUUCUCUUUAGAGGAACUGUUUUACAAUUAGAUUUUUCCAGAGAAUUUCCAGUUUGGGAACUUCAAUGUAAAGAAAAGAAUAAAACAUAAAUUUAAUUUUA